AUGGAGGGCUGGUGGGACGCCUUUGGUGGGAAACAUGGUGUACUAUUGACUUGUCAUUCUUUGCUCGUUCCAGGCUUUAGGCUAUGAAGAAACCGUUACACAGAACCCACUUGUUAAAUAUUCUGGAGGUCAAUAAUUGAAUGUCUUUUCCAUGCUUGACCCUUGUCCCCUCUAGUUGGUCCACACUGGGCCAUGUAGGAGCGCAAAUCAGAUUAACCAUUGACAAAUUGUCAAUUAAUCAACAAGCAGUGCUCUCCCCCACUAGCUCUGUCUCUCUCUGUAAUGAGCUGUAAGUCAAUUACUGUUUCCGCUUGUCUCUUUUUCCCACAGAGUGUGCCCAUCUGCUGCUGGCCCACAAUGCACCAGUGAAGGUGAAGAACGCUCAGGGAUGGAGUCCCCUCGCUGAAGCCAUCAGCUACGGCGAUCGACAAAUGAGUAAGCAACUACUCCCUGACUCAUAUACUGGAACUAUUGUCACUGUACUGAGACCAUAAAUCCUGACCAGAAUUGUUCCCCCUAUCAUAGAUGGGGUGGGUGGGAAACAAAGCUUGUAUUAUAAGGAGAAUAGGAUCCACCCAAAUCAUUUGGGUUCCUGGAUCCUUUCACAGCAUUAUAAGGCUGCGUUGAGACCAUGAUUUUUCAAUGACCCAAGUCCAGCUCAUUUAAUCCCUACCAUUGUGUCGCUGAGUUGUCAUAAUGCUUCAGCAAAUGUACAUUAUCCUAGGGGCGUUGGAAGACACAAUGUAAAUAACCUAAUUUAUGUCCCUCUUACUGCCCGGAAUGCCUCUGCAGAUCCUACAGCUAUUGUAUGCAGUAAUCAUAUGCCUAUGAACCAGAGUAAUACUGUUAGCACUGAGGUGGUGUGCCCUAGUAGAAAGUCCACUGUGUGCAGCUCACCCUGCACUAAUAAAAAUAACCUGAGUAUGUCUACCUCUGCCAAGCUUCCCAGUAAAGCAAGAAAAAUAAUCAAACAUCCCAGAAAAGAGUUAAAAAUAGCCCACAUUAACAUAUAUAGCUUAAGAAACAAGGUUCAUGAAAUCAAUACUUUACUAGUAACAGAUGACAUUCAUAUUCUGACAAUCUCUGAAACUCACUUAGAUAAUACCUUUGAUGAUACAGUGGUAGCAAUAUAAGGUUAUAAUAUUUACAGAAAAUACAGAAAUGCCAACGGGGGCGGUGUUGCGGUCUAUAUUCAGAACCACAUUCCUGUAAAGCUUAGAGAGGAUCUCAUGUUAAAUACUGUUGAAGUAAUAUGGCUACAGGUUCACCUGCCUCACCUAAAGCCCAUUCUGGUGGGAAGCUGCUAUAGACCACCAAGUGUUAACAGUCAGUAUCUGGAUAACAUGUGUGAAAUGCUUGAUAAUGUGAAAGAGAGGUAUACUUUCUGGGUGAUUUAAAUAUUGACUGGCUUUCAUCAGGCUGCCCACUCAAGAGAAAGCUUCAAACUGUAACUAGUGCCUGCAACCUGGUUCAGGUUAUCAAUCAACACACCAAUGUCUAUUGCUUUCCUAAUGAAAAUGAUUUGGCCUCAAUUGGUUUCCAUGAAGGAUUUUGGUAUCUGAAGUUGUGCAUCUUUUCUUUUCUUUUCUGUGCCACUUCCGAUCAACAGAUGUUUUGUGCAUUCCUCCACAUGGCUCUCAGAGUGGGCACCAAGCUGUCCUCUUUGUCUGUCAGAGAGGCGAAAAUUCCUUAAGGGUCUCAGGCUUUGGUGUUCAGAUGAAAAAUAAUACAUUAGGAAAUGUAAGCCUCUUUCUCUGCCCUGUGUGUCCCACGGGCAUGGCCUGGCAGUGUUACAGUGCCUGCAGAAAGUAUUCAUACCCCUUGAUUUAUUCCACAUUUUGUUGUGUUACAGCCUGAAUUCAAAAUGGAUUAAAUUGCUUUUUUUUCUCACCCAUCUACACACAAUACCCCAACAUGACAAUUUUUGCAAAUUAGUAUUCACACCCCUGAGUCAUUACUUUGUAGGAGCACCUUUGGCAGCGAUUACAGCUGUGAGUCUUUCUGGGUAAGUCUCUAAGAGCUUGCCACACCUGGAUUGUGCAACAUUUGCCCAUUAUUCUUUUCAAAAUUUUUCAAGCUCUGUCAAAUUGGUUGUUGAUCAUUGCUAGACAACAAUUUUCAGAUCUUGCCAUAGAUUUUCAAGUAGAUUUAAGUCAAAACUGUAACUCGGCCACUCAGGAACAUUUACUGUCUUAUUGGUAAGCAACUUCAGUGUAGAUUUAGCCUUGUGUAUUAGGUUAUUGUCCUGCUGAAAGGUGAAUUAAUCUCCCAGUGUCUGGUGGAAAGCAGACUGAACCAGGUUUUCCUCUAGGAUUUUGCCUGUGCUUAGCUCCAUUCCAUUUAUUUUUUAUCCAGAAGAUCUCCCUUGUCCUUAACGAUUACAAGCAUACCAAUAACAUAAUGCAGCCACCACUAUGCUAGAAAAUAUGGUGGUACUCAGUAAUGUGUUUUAUUUGAUUUUUUGCAGUAUUACUUUAGUGCCUUGUUGCAAACAAGAUACAUGGUUUGGAAUAUUUUUAUUCUGUACAGGCUUCCUUUUCACUCUGUCAAUUUGGUUAGUAUUGUGGAGUAAUUACAAUGUUUUUGAUCCAUUCUCAGUUUUCUCCUAUCACAGCCAUUAAACUCUGUAACUGUUUUAAAGUCACCAUUGGCAUCAUGGUGAAAUGCCUAAGCGGUUUCCUUUCUCUCCGGCAACUAAGUUAGGAAGGAGUCCUGUAUCGUUGUAGUGACUGGGUGUAUGGAUGCACCAACCAAAGUGUAAUUAAAAACUUCACCAUGCUCAAAGGGAUAUUCAAUGUCUGCUUUAUUUUUAUUUUUACCCAUCUACCAAUAGGUGCCCUUCUUUACAAAGCAUUGGAAAACCUCUCUGGUCUUUGUGGUUGAAUCUGUGUUUGAAAUUCACUGCUCGAUUUAGGGACCUUACAGAUACUGUAAUUGUAUGUGUGGGGUACAGAGAUGAGGUAGUCAUUCAAAAAUCAUGUUAAACACUAUUAUUGCAAAUAGAGUGUGUCGAUACAACUUAUUAUGUGAUUUGUUAAGCACAUUUUUACUCCUGAACUUAUUUAGGCUUGCCUAUUUUCAAAGGGGUUGAAUAAUUGAAUCAAGACAUUUCAGCUUUUCAUUUUUUAUUCAUUUGAAAACAUUUCUAAAAACAUAAUUCCACUUUGACAUAAUGUGAAUACUUUCUGAAGGCACUGUAUGUCAAUCCCCCAAGCUUGUAGAGAUAUUUAUGUCUCUCAUCUUUACCCCAUAUUUUUAUUUUUAUUUCUAACCUCUGUGCUGUUGCAGUGAAGUGCCCAUGUUGUCACCCUGACCCUACUCUUGGUUUGUGAAUCAAAGUACAUGCCUUUGAAGAGGUCUUUUGACAGCCCUGGUCAUAUGUUGGCUGUGGGAAUAGGAAAACCGUGAAAACAAGUGUUUUUUUUCUCCAGACUGAUUCAGCUGCACAGGGGUGACACAGGCUGGGACUGCAUUCUGUCACUCUGACCGUAUUCUGUCACUCUGACCGUGGCCAACCGCCGGCCACUGUUAUGGACACUCAGCACAAAGGGGGCUUUUGAAGUGUUAAAGCGAGUGAGAGACAUUGCACUCAAAAAGGGACUAGAAUAGCGUAUCUUUGGAAAGCUGUUCAUUUUUCUUCCCCUUAUUUCACUGUCUCUCUAGCCUUGUGAACUUCUGCUGGUCAGAAUAAUGAUAGCUGAGUUAGCAGAAGUAUCAAUUUACUCUCUGACUGACUGUUCUAACUCUUCAAGAACACACUGCCCCAACUUCUUCCCUCUAUAGCCGGCUUUGAUGUCUUUUGGGUGUGUAAGAAGCCAGAGGUUUUGUAUGUUUCUUCCCCUUUUUUCGUCUACACUUCGACUUGUGUUGGUUGAUGCACGCACCUACCAGUGGUGGAGAAAGUACUCAAUUGUCAUACUUGAGUAAAAGUAAAGAUACCUUAAUAGAAAAUGACUCAAGUAAAAGUGAAAGUCACCCAGUAAAAUAAUACCUGAGUAAAAGUCUAAAGGUAUCUGGUUUUAAAUGUACUUAAGUACAGUGGUUGAAAAAGUACUCAAUUGUCAUACUUGAGUAAAAGUAAAAGUAAACGCUAUACAUCAAAUUCCUUGUAUUAAGCAAACCAGAUGGCAUGAUUUUCUUUUCUUUUUUUUUUUAAAUGUACGGACAGCCAGGGGCACACUCCAACAUUCAGACAUAAUUUACAGAGUAUUUAUGUUUAGUGAGUCCACCAGGUCAUAGGCAGUAGGGAUGACAACGUGUUACAUUGAUAGGUGCGUAAAUUUGACCAUAUUGCUGUUCUGCCUGAGCAUUCAAAAUGUAACAAGUACUUUUGUGUGUCAGGAAAAUUGUAUGUGAGUAAAAAGUACAUAUUUUCUUUUAAAAUGUAGUGGAGUAAAUGUUGUCAAAAAUAUAAAUAGUAAAGUAAAGUACAGAUACCCAAAUAAAACUACUUAAGUAGUACUUCAAAUAAUUUUUACUUAGUUAAUUUACACCACUGGUACCUACCAUCUUACUAACUGUCUAAUUUCAAAGCAUCAUGGGGCAUUGUUAUUACCUCCAUCCUCAUUUAAAUUAAUCACUUUUAUUCCUGGCAGUUGACUCAGUUCCUGCGAAUGUUACAGAUUGUAAAUGAUUACAGUAGGCGUAUAAGCCUGGCCCUGUGAUAUGACCUGGCAGGAGAGUAGCACUGAAGGAAACAGUGGCUGUUUCCCCUAUUCAGUGUCAUAAACAUGGAGUAGCUAGCUAACAUGGUUAGCCUAGCAAUGCACUGCCCAGUGUUUCUGGAACAUUAGCAGGUUCAGCACUUUUCUGGAUCUGGUAGGGAAGUGAGAGCUGUCUGUGUGAGGAUGGAAACAUCUGAGUGAAUGAGGCCACCGAAAGAUGCUGAUAUCACACUUUUCCAGGAAGUACUGGUCUGGUAUUUUUAGAGAUUCUAAAAUCCCAUAUUCAAAGUGCCCUUUCUGAUUUCUAAAAAGACAAGACCAGUACUCUGCCCUACAAAGGCAAAAUGUAGUAACUACAUUUUAAAGACUGAAAUCAGGCUUUAUAGUAUCUGUUUUAUCUUGUGACAAAGUGUCCUGGUUCAAUUAUGUUCAGUUUCAGAGAAAAUAGAGUGUAACAUUUGCAGUAACAACAAAAUCCAAGUAAAACCAAAGCAAACAGCAGUAACUGAAGUUACUGCACUUUGGCUUUGUUCCACCAUGUUUUGACUGCAUUUACCCGGUCUGCCAUACAAAGGCAAAGAGCAGUAAUUACUGUGUUUUGCCUUCAAAUCAAAUAAAAUUGUAUUGGUCGCAUAAACAUAUUUAGCAUAUGUUAUUGUGGGUGUAGCGAAAUGCUUGUGUUCCUAGCUCCACCAGUGCAGUAAUAUCUAACAAUACACAACAAUACACACAAAUCUAAAAAGUAAAAGAAUGGAAUUAAGAAGUAUAGAAAUAUUAGGACGAGAAAUGUUGUAGUCUGGAGUACAAAUAUUUGAACAGUGAGAGACAGAAUAACAACAAAGAAAUCCAGAAAAACGCAUGUCAAAAAUUUUAUAAAUUGAUUUGCAUUUUAAUGAGGGAAAUAAGGAUUUGAUCCCCUCUCAAUCAGAAAGAUUUCUGGCUCCCAGGUGUCUUUUAUAAGGUAACGAGCUGAGAUUAGGAGCACACUCUUAAAGGGAGUGCUCCUAAUCUCAGUUUGUUACCUGUAUAAAAGACACCUGUCCACAGAAGCAAUCAAUCAAUCAGAUUCCAAACUCUCCACCAUGGCCAAGACCAAAGAGCUCUCCAAGGAUGUCAGGGACAAUAUUGUAGACCUACACAAGGCUGGAAUGGGCUACAAGACCAUCGCCAAGCAGCUUGGUGAGAAGGUGACAACAGUUGGUGCGAUUAUUCGCAAAUGGAAGAAACACAAAAUAACUGUCAAUCUCCCUCGGCCUGGGGCUCCAUGCAAGAUCUCACCUCGUGGAGUUGCAAUGAUCAUGAGAACGGUGAGGAAUCAGCCCAGAACUACACAGGAGGAUCUUGUCAAUGAUCUCAAGGCAGCUGGGACCAUAGUCACCAAGAAAACAAUUGGUAACACACUACGCCGUGAAGGACUGAAAUCCUGAAGCGCCCGCAAGGUCCCCCUGCUCAAGAAAGCACAUAUACAUGCCCGUCUGAAGUUUGCCAAUGAACAUCUGAAUGAUUCAGAGGAGAACUGGGUGAAAGUGUUGUGGUCAGAUGAGACCAAAAUCGAGCUCUUUGGCAUCAACUCAACUCGCCGUGUUUGGAGGAGGAGGAAUGCUGCCUAUGACCCCAAGAACACCAUCCCCACCGUCAAACAUGGAGGUGGAAACAUUAUGCUUUGGGGGUGUUUUUCUGCUAAGGGGACAGGACAACUUCACCGCAUCAAAGGGACGAUGGACAGGGCCAUGUACCGUCAAAUCUUGGGAGAGAACCUCCUUCCCUCAGCCAGGGCAUUGAAAAUGGGUCGUGGAUGGGUAUUCCAGCAUGACAAUGACCCAUAACACACGGCCAAGAUAACAAAGGAGUGGCUCAAGAAGAAGCACAUUAAGGUCCUGGAGUGGCCUAGCCAGUCUCCAGACUUUAAUCCCAUAGAGAAUCUGUGGAGGGAGCUGAAGGUUCGAGUUGCCAAAUUUCAGCCUCGAAACCUUAAUGACUUGGAGAAGAUCUGCAAAGAGGAGGGGAACAAAAUCCCUCCUGAGAUGUGUGCAAACUUGGUGGCCAACUACAAGAAACAUCUGACCUCUGUGAUUGCCAACAAGGGUUUUGCCACCAAGUACUAAGUCAUGUUUUACAGAGGGGUCAAAUACUUAUUUCCCUCAUUAAAAUGCAAAUCCAUUUAUAACAUUUUUGACAUGCGUUUUUCUGGAUUUUUUUGUUGUUAUUCUGUCUCUCACUGUUCAAAUAAAUCUACCAUUAAAAUUAUAGACUGAUCAUUUCUUUGUCAGUGGGCAAACGUACAAAAUCAGCAGGGGAUCAAAUACUUUUUUCCCUCACUGUAUCUGAAAAAUUGUAUAUGUACAGCAAUAGUUAAGUAGGAUAGGCCUUGACUAGAAUACAGUAUAUACAUAUGAAGUGGGUAAAACAGUAUCUAAACAUUAUUAAAGUGACCAGUGUUUCAUUAUUAAAGUGACCAGUGUUCCAUGACUAAGUACAUAGGGCAGAAGCCUCUAAGGUGCAUUGUAGAGUAACCAGGUGGUAGCCAACUAUUGACAGUGGUGUAAAGUACUACUUAAGUAGUUUUUUUGGGUAUCUGUACUGUACUUUACCAUUUAUAUUCCUAAAUAAAAUGAUGUACUCUUUACUCCAUACAUUUUCCCUGACACCCAAAACAACUUGUUACAUUUUGAAUGCUUAGCAGGACAGAAAUGGUCCAAUUCACGCACUUAUCAAGAGAAUAUCCCUGGUCAUCUCUACUGCCUCUGUAUCUGGAGACUCAAUAAACACAAUUGCUUUGUUUCUGAAUGAUGUCUGAGUGUUGGAGUGUGCCCUUGGCUAUCCGUAAUUUAAAAAACACGAACAAUUGUGCCAUCUGGUUUGCUUAAUAUAAGGAAUUUGAAAUGAUUUAUACUUGUACUUUUACAUUUUUGAUACUUAAGUACAUUUCUGCAAUUACAUUUACUUUUGAUACUUAAGUAUAUUUAAAACAAAAUACUUCCACCACUGACUAGUGACAGUGACUAAAGUUCAGGGCAGGGUACUGGGCGGAGGCCGGCUAGUGGUGACGAUUUAGCAGUCUUAUGGCCUUGAGGUAGAAGCUGUUUUUCAGUCUCUCGGUCCCAUCUUUGAUGCACCUGUACUGACCUCACCUUCUGGAUGGUAGCGGGGAGAACAGGCCGUGGUUCAGGUGGCUGAUGUCCUUGAUGAUCUUCUUGGCCUUCUGUGACACCGGGUUCUGUAGAUGUCCUGGAGGGCAGGCAGUGUGCCCCCCUUGAUGCGUUGGGCAGACCGCACCACCCUCUGGCAAGCCCAGGCGAUGAUACAGCCCGACUGGAUGCUCUCAAUGGUGCAUCUGUAGAAGUUUGCGAGGGUCUUAGGGGCCAAGCUGAAUUUCUUCAGCCUCCUGAGGUUGAAGAGGCGCUGUUGCGCCUUCUUGACCACACUGUCUAUGUGGGUGGACCAUUUCAGAUUGUCAGUGAUAUGUACGCUGAGGAACUUGAAGCUUUUCACCUUCUCCACUGCGGCCCUGUCGAUGAGGAUGGGGGGCGUGCUCCCUCUGCUGUCUCCUGAAGUCCACAAUCAGCUCCUUCGUUUUGUUGACAUUGAGGGAGAGGUUAUUUUCCUGGCACCACUCUGUCAGGGCCCUCACCUCCUCCGUGUAGGCUGUCUCGUUGUUGUUGGUGAUCAGGCCUACCACUGUUGUGUCGUCUGCAAACUUGAUGAUUGAGUUGGAGACGUGCGUGGCCAAGCAGUCAUGGGUGAACAGGGAGUACAGGAGGGGGCUGAGCAAGCACCCCUGAGGGGCCCCUGUGUUGAGGAUCAGCGUAGUGGAGGUGUUGUUGCCAACCUUCACCACCUGGGGGUGGCUCGUUAGGAAGUCCAGGACCCAGUUGCACAGGGCGGGGUUCAGACCCAUGUCCUCGAGCUUAAUGAUGAGCUUGGAGGGUACUAUGGUGUUGAAGGCUAAGCUGUAGUCGAUGAACAGCAUUCUUACAUAGGUAUUCCUCUUGUCCAGAUGGGAUAGGGCAGUGUGCAGUGCAGGGCGAGGCAGAGCUUUGUAUGCGUUUCUGUGUGUGGAGUGAAGCUGAUCUAGAGUUUUGGCUCCUCUAGUUGUACAGGUGACAUGAUGGUAGAAGUGAGGUAAAGUACCUCGAUAACCCAAAGACAUACAGCGCAUUUGGAAAGUAUUCAGAUCCCUUGACUUUUUCCAUAUUUUGUUACAUUACAGCCUUAUUCUAAAAUGGAUUAAAUAUGUUUUUCUUCUUCUCAGCAAUCUACACACAAUACCCCAAAGUGACAAUGCGAAAACAGAUUUUUAUAAAUUUUAACAAAUGUUUAAUUUUAAAAAAACAGAAAUACCUUAUUUACAUAAGUAUUCAGAUCCUUUGCUAUGAGACUCGAAAUUGAGCUCAGGUGCAUCCUGUUUCCAUUGAUCAUCCUUGAGAUGUUUCUACAACUUGAUUGGAGUCCACCUGUGGUAAAUCUACUUGAUUGGACAUGAUUUGGAAUGGCACACACCUGCCUAUAUAAGGUCCCACAGUUGGCAGUGCAUGUCAGAGCAAAAACCAAGCCAUGAGGUUGAAGGAAUUGUCCGUAGAGCUCUGAGACAGGAUUGUGUCGAGGCACGGAUCUGGGAAGGGUACCAAAAAAUGUCUGCAACAUUGAAGGUCCCCAAGAACACAGUGGUCUCCAUCAUUCUUAAAUGGAAGAAGUUUGGAACCACCAAGACUCUUCCUAGAGCUGGCCACCCGGCCAAACUGAGCUAUCGGGGGAGAAGGGCCUUGGUCAGGGAGGUGACCAAAAACCCGAUAGUCACCUUCCUGUGUAAAUAAAAGCUGUGUUUUCUUCUAAAAGCAUAUUAAAGGUGGAUUGCCCCAUUGUCGUUUAAUCCCCUGACACCUCCAUAACUGCAAUUAGCUGUUGUUCCCACCUCUCUCAAAAAUCAUGGAUAAACAUUAGUCGGAUGUGGCUGUUUCGGCUUGAUCUUAUUUGUUUGAAAACAAGCGAGCUCAUAUUAGCCAGCCAGUCAGGAAAGCUGGGCCGUCCUGGUUAAAAGUAUAUUCUGUUUUGCCUCCUUCGGGUCAUUAAAGCGCUUACAGACGUAUCUCAUUAACGGUCAACUUUAUUGUUCAUCUCCCAGACUCUUCCCCUCUUUGAACUUCCUGGAAUAUAUGUGCUUCAGAGCACUCAGGACCUCAGACUGGGGCAAAGGUUCACCUUCCAACAGGACAACAACCCAAAGCACACAGCCAAUGCAAGAGUGGCUUCAGGACAACUCUCUGAAUGUCCUUGAGUGGCCCAGCCAGAGGCCGGACUUGAACCCAAUAGAACAUCUCUGGAGAGACCUCAAAAUAGCUGUGCAGUAACGCUCCCCAUCCAACCUGACAGAGCUUGAGAGGAUCUGCAGAGAAGAAUGGGAAAAACUCCCCAAAUACAGGUGUGCCAAGCGUCAUACCCAAGAAGACUCGAUGCUGUAAUCGCUGCCAAAGGUGCUUCAACAAAGUACUGAGUAAUUGUUAAAAUGUAUAAAAACCUGUUUUCGCUUUGUCAUUAUGGGUAUUGUGUGUAGAUUGAUGAGGGAAAAAAUAAUUUAAUCAAUUUUAGAAUAAGGCUGUAACGUAACAAAAUGUGGAAAAGGUCAAGGGGUCUGAAUACUUUCCGAAGGCACUGUAUGUACAGCCAGAGUAAGGAUAUCCCAAAAUGUGAACUUUUAAUCACCUGCAACCUGCAUUUAGAAUGAUUGCCAAGGUAGGGAAAAUGUAUAAAUGAGACCACCUAAAGCAUCUAAAUGGGAACAACCAUCUCAGAAAUGGGUGCAAUAAGUCCAACUACUAACAGAUUGAAUUAGUUUAGAAAAUGUAUGUUAUUUAUCUUUGUGUAGCAUAAGAUCAAUCAAUCAAUGUGAAACCAAAAACACUCAUAUUGAAACAAACAAUUCUAAAAAUCAACCUGCAAUACGGCAUGCUAAGUGUAUUUUUAAAAUGUGUUUCUAUAGCUUCAAAAUAUGUUUUACAAUGAUGGGAGGAGAUUUGCGGUGGCUUCAAAACAGCACCCCCUGUUAUUCGUCUAGUGUAUAUAUAAAUCACUUGAGAUUAUAUGUGUACAUCGGAAGGUUCAUUAUGUGCAUUUUCAUAUUUUACAUUUUUACAUUUUAGUCAUUUAGCAGACGCUCUUAUCCAGAGCGACUUACAGUUAGUGAGUGCAUACAUAAAAAUAAUAAUCAUACUGGCCCCCCGUGGGAAUCGAACCCACAACCCUGGCGUUGCAAGCGCCAUGCUCUACCAACUGAGCUACACAGGGCCCAUAUCUUUGUUCUCCCGGGAACAAUACUGUACCCUAACCGUAUGUAGUUGUUUUGGUCUCACCCCUCCCUCCCUCCUCUCUUCUCUCUGUCAGUCACAGCGCUGCUAAGGAAGCUCAAACAGCAGUCCAGAGAGAAUGUGGAGGACAAGAGGCCAAAGCUACUGAACGCCCUCAAAGAGGUACGGUACAUUCUCUCUCUCUCUCUCUCUCUCUCUCUCUCUCUCUCUCUCUCUCUCUCUCUCUCUCUCUCUCUCUCUCUCUCUCUCUCUCUCUCUCUCUCUCUCUCUCUCUCCUCUUGUUUCAUAUCCCUGAUCCCUCAUAUCUGAUACCGACAUGAAGGCUGAUAUAUUGUGUAUUCCCAUCUCGUCUCUACCCUCUUCCCUAUCCUCUGCUCCCCACCUCUCCCCUCCCCGCCUUACUCCUCUCCCAAAAUGAAGCAUGAUCCAUUGCGCUGUGGGGCAGGCUGUGUACUCACUCCACAUCUGCCAGCAGAGUGCUCCCAGUCAGAAAUGCCACUCUGCGGCACGCACAGACACACACAGACCCAGACCCUCUCUCAGUCACUCAGUCACACACUAACUAGGGUAAUCACAACAAAGCGGCCCCAUAGUACAGCCCUCGGCAUGCAGUAAGCAUACCCCCCAGCCCACCUACGCUCAAGGAAUAUGCAGACAGACAGCAACAUGGGCCCUGGGGGAAGGGAGGGAGGGGGAGGGUCAACCUGCAGGAAAGGUGACAUUCUCACAAACCUCCCUGGAUGGCAUGACACAGGGGUAGGCAGAUGCUUCCACUCCACACACAUACACAUGCACACACACAUGCACACACACAGUUGAUAGUCUGGGCUUUGGGGAGCCUUGCAGCGCUGUGGCUGGCAUGAUGUUCUCUGUGGGCAUAAACAUCUAGUGCUCUGGGCAUAGGCCACUGCCAGGUUAACUGUGACUCCCCAAGGGGAUGAACCUGAGUGAUAAAGGGAAGGAGAGAGCGGUGGAGGAAGGGGAUAAAAGAGCAGCUCUAGGCUUGGCCUUGGAGCCUCUCCUGUGUUAGAUGCGAGAAUGUUAUACUGUAAUUCCUGUGAUGCAGCGGGCGUAGCAUGUUAGAGAUAGAUUUUCUCCUGACUGCAGGGGAUUAUAUUUCUCAGAGAUGCGCAAUCAUUCAUAUUACAUCACUGGAGGUUUUUCUCAGUAGUACCCUGAGAUUAGGUGGGCCAGCUGUGUAAUUUCAGAGCAUUUGAACUACAUAUUGGAUCCAAAACUCAUUCAAGAAAAUAUAUGUUGGAUACAGAAAUGUUUAUCAGGUCUACUGUUCCUUUCAGUUACUCCCUCUGGUAUAUUUUGAUUGAUAAUCAUAUUGUUAUUCUGUUGGGGGGGGGGUGGGGGUUUCAGCUGGGAGACUUUUAUCUGGAGCUUCACUGGGACUUUCAAAGCUGGGGUGAGUUUGCUUUGCAUUCUAUAUAAGUAUAUGAUAAAAUUGCCCACAAUCAGGCCAAAUCACUACAACGGUUCAGUUUCUUUGCAAUUUUUAACUACACAAAGUGCAUCUACCUAGGUUAAAAUUGAUUUAGAAAUACUAGGAUGGUUGACGUUGUUAAACUGUGUGUGUGUGUGUGUGUGAGUGUGAGAGAGCGAGAGAGAGAAAGAGUGUGUGUGUUAAUGUGGAGCCCAGUUAUGUGGGUGUCAGUAAGGGCUCUCUGCUCAGCUGGUUGGGAACAAAGCGAUGCUGAGAGAUUGUUUACAACACUGAGGUAAUCCUCUGUAGGGAGUGGCCUUGCCAUCCCCACACAGACAGACCCUCCCCCUGGUGGUGGCUAUAUGUCAUUACAACGUCGCACCACCAGCAUUACUAAGGCCUAUGAAUGUUUACAUCAAUUAAGCUUAUCUUUUAGAUCCAUUGAUCUUCCUACCAUUUCACUGAAUUAAUUAUAGAAGAAAUGCUGUUACAAAUGUCCCACAUUUAUUUGGCUAAAUGUCUAGUGGACCCCAGAGAGCAAGCUAACAGUGUGUCAACAUGUCCCAUUAAAUAUUGACCUGCUUGUAAAGAUUAAGUGACUGUUCACAACAGUAAAGAAAUGGUUGUUGAUUGUGUAAGUGUCAGUUGGUAGUAUUUGACAGGGAAUGUAGUGCCCCUGAGUGGCAAGGGCUCAAAUACAAAGAAUGUAUUGGGAGAUGCCUUUCUAUUAGGACUGUUCAGGAGGGUGAAACUUUACAGAACGUUCAGAUAGAAAUGUAUAGUGCAGAGGAGAUAUAAUAGGGAAUUGUGCCAGCUCUAUACAUUCCAUUUCAACGUUCUGAACGUUUUGCCUCACAGAAUACACCCCAAGUGUUACGCACUGCACACACAUUGAGAGAGACCAGGGCCCCACCAGCCCUAUUCAAUAUGCUGGGGGUAGAACGGUCUCAAACAGACACAUUGUCCAGUCUGUACUAGCGCAGAUCAAACGGAAUAUUGUACAUUAGAAUGAAGCAAUAUAUUAUGGCAUGUUAGUGUGGUGAUUGGAACAUGGAUGGUGCCCUCCAAGGGUUUGAAGUGGUCUCAUACUGUACUUGCACAUAGCUUGUAAAGAGCAUUACAUAUUAAACUGCAGAACUACAUAUUGCUGACAUGGGCUCUGAAGCGGUUGGUGAUUUUCAUUAUUAAGUGGAGUUUCUACACUUAGGCCUAUCGACAUCCCCAUGUCUUUUUCCCAUGUUGCAGUACCUUUGCUCUCCCGAAUCCUGCCCUCUGACGUGUGUAAGAUCUACAAACACGGCAUCAACAUCAGGUAAGUCAAGUAAUCCUUUACAAAUCCCUUGUUUUCAUGAAGUUGUAACAAGCAAUAAUUAGCUUGAAGCCAAUAGAUAAGACAUAAGAUGAUAUCAUUGUAAGAAAUAAGCAUGCCAAACAGAUAACAACACAACACAUGUAAGAAUAAACACAGUAUCACUGAUAGACCUUGGCUAUGCCUUGGACAGAUCGGUCUGUCCGUACUGGUCUCAGCUGCUACAGCUAUGUACAGCUUGUCCACACACAAACACAAUACACAAUGUUGCUGAGUCGAUACACUGAUCAUCACCAAUCUUUAGUCUUGGUUGGGUGCCCGUCUGUUUCUGCCCCAGCCAUCUGGUCAUAGUGUUGGCAGAGCAGAGAUGCAGUCUUAUUGAAUGCAAAAAGAGUCAGGUACUGAUGUUUGCCCUAUGGACAUACCCGAGGAGCCACCUCUGUCCAACAACAUUUACUAGACUGGUGCUUCUCCGGAGUGAUGUCCUCAGCCUUCAGUAUUAUACUGAAAAGGGCAAUGUGAUAUGGUAAAACCCACGAUAAUAAAAGUAAAUAUGCCUUGACAAAGCCCUUUAUUGAAGCACUUUCAGGCUUUUAGGGCCCUUGUCAGUUGAUUAGAAAUCCCUGGCUUUGAACACUACACCCUCUCCCAGCUUAUGGGAUGGUGUAGCGCCAGCAGGGCGGCUAACGACAAGCUUGGUUAACUAGAGCGUGAAAUCCGUUCUCGCACUGCUGUGAGUGAGUAGCACGGAAUCUGUUUGCAGAUCUAUUACCUUUGCGCACCUCUCCAAAUAAUUACACUUAGAUAGAGAACCAGCACGUACCUUUGCCCUAACUCUACCCACCUACCGGCUCCAUUAUAAUUGGACCAGCGCCGAGUAGUCACAUUCAAUUAUCCCCCAUCCAGUAACAAAACACUAUUCACCAGUUGGAGUACACAAUACAGGUAGAAUUGCUUCUCUGGUGUUAGCAGGCUGGUUAAUGUAUGCUGUUCUGCUGAGCUUCACACGCUUCAGUGUUCAGUGAGAAGAAGCCAGGUUCAGGCUGUGUUGUUCUUCAAAGGGCCUGUAUUUUACCCCACACAGCACUGACACACGUGACAAACAUGCACACUGAAGCACACAAACAAACACACACACACACACAGACAAAUGAAAGAGUUUUAAAGCGUUGCUAGGUUACCUGCCUCACUAAUUGCCCCCCUCCUCCCCACCCCCUCUACCAUGCUCUAUCCAACACUGGAGAUUCAGGGCAAAUCAUUCUGACACAUGAAAGUGUUUGUGUGUGGUGGUGAGAAAGUGGUGAAGGGUUAUAAUUUAUUUACCAGGGUUGGAAGCUGUCUAAUAGGCUUUCAAAAUGUCUGUUUGAUAUUCCAGAGGUGGGGAGAGAGACCGACCUUGGCAUAACUUCAUUUACAUUCCAAUGGUUGAAAUUCUCAGCUCUGUCGUACCUCUCACUCUCCACUUUGUGUCUAUGUGCAGCCCAUACAGUAGUUUAGUUAUUCUCUUUGUUGUCACACCUCAUUCCUCCACUACUCCAUGAAACUAGCUUUUGUCGGAAAACAUAGAAAUGGGGGUUGUCGCCCAUGGCAACUACAACUAUUAACGCAAAAGCUGUCUCCGAGCUUUUAGAAACCAAGUUUUAGUUCUUUAGUUUUAUUGAAAAAAGCUUCACUUUUACGCUGUAUGUUGCUUGGUAACAAGGAAGUGUACUUGUCCUUAUACUUGGUGUGUGUGUGUCUCCCUCACUGUGUGUCUCUCUCUUUCUCUAUUUCUCAUUGCUUCUUUCAAUCUUCUUUUGGUUUUUGAGGGGUGUGGAGGGAUUAUGUAGAUGUGAUUAAGCAAUAAGCAUACAAAUGAACUAUAGGCAAUAUGUGCUGUUUUAAUGUGCUGUUGCUGGUGCUAUUGACAUUAUAUUGACCCAUGAAGUGGUUUGAAUUUCAAUUCUAUCUCUCCUUCCCUUUCUGUCUGUUUGGUCUUAGACUGGAUACCACCCUAAUAAACUUCACAGAUAUGAAGUGCCAGCGGGGUGACCUUAGUUUCAUCUUCAAAGGCGACGCCAACCCCUCUGAGUCCUUUGUGGUGCUGGACAAUGAACAGAAGGUGUACCAGCGGAUACACCACGAGGUGAGACACAUGCACGUACACACACAAACACACGUGCACAUACACGUACGCACGCAGACACACAAAUACACACACACACACACGCACACAAACAUACCCUCUUGCAUUUCUGCUUGCAGAAGUCUAGCUAAUGACCCUCGCUGUCUUGUAUUCUGCCUUUCAAAAUGAUCCCUGUGUCUGUGAAGUGUGUAUCAGAGGGCUGUACCUGCUUACUAGCGUGGCGGUGGCUCCUUGUGUUCCAGGAGUCAGAGAUGGAGACAGAGGAAGAGGUGGACAUCCUUAUGAGCAGUGAUGUUUACUCUGCCACUCUCUCCACCAAGUCCAUCACCUUCUCCAGAGCCCAGACUGGCUGGCUGUUCCGAGAGGACAAAACGGUUGGUUUAUACAUCACUUUGUCGAAUACAACCUCUCCGUCUCAAAAUGUGACCUCUGCUAAUCUACAGUACAGUCUUGUUAUUCAAUGCAGUACAGGACGCCCAUGUCCUUUUCACAUUUCCUGCGUUCUAUCUCCCCAAAACAAAGUUCAAAGGCAACAGAGUAACCAAAACAUAGUGGUCGUGUUUGAUAAGCCUCCUGGGAGAGCCACAGGUGUUCACCUGAGGGGAGGGUUCACGUGGUGGUGGUGGUGGGGGGGGGGGGGUAUUGCUGUCUGUCUUGGUCCUUUGAGGUUUAUUGAAGGGAAAUUGAUGACUCAAUAGGUUUUAUUUUCUUGACCUUUGUCGCUCCAGGAGCGUGUGGGAAAUUUCCUAGCGGAUUUCUACUCGGUGAACGGGCUGGUGCUGGAGUCACGGAAGCGUCGGGAGCACCUGAGCGAGGAGGACAUCCUGAGGAACAAGGCCAUCAUGGAGAGCCUGAGCAAAGGAGGGAACCUUAUUGAGCAGAACUACGAGGUGAGCUCCGCUGUGAGGUCCUCUGGCUGCAGAGUACGUGUAUAUGGCCACAAUGUAAACAUUCAUCCAACUCUUAACCAUAUUUUCAUAUCCAGAACGUUCUGCUGGAGCCUACUGGUAUGAUGUCACCUGUUGGGGGUGUGAGCUAGGCGCUGUGUGUUAAGUGAAGGUACUGUUUGCUUGUACCUGCAGCCAAACUGUGAGUCCAGUCCUGAAAAUCUCCUCUCCCUCUGGACCCUCGGGGUAGGCCCUCUGACCCCACUGCUUGACACUCUUAUAUCACCAUCCUAUGGGAUCUCGUCUCACCUCCAGUCACUCCUACCAAAACAUGUCAAUGCUACAUGGACCACGAGAGCGUCACAUCUUAUCCCUUAGCAUAGGGCUCUUUUGAUGUAAAACACGUCUGCAUGGUUUAUUUGGAAAUACUUCAGUUGGACUCAUCACCCCCCCUUGGGUUUAUUUGUAGUUUUAUUUGGACAUACUGUCUGUCGGAAUGAAAACCACACUUCUGAUCCUCGUUUGUGGCAUUUUUACCCCCUUCCUCCACCCUAGUGCAUAUAUACCAGGCACAGCAGCCCCCUCUAGUGAUGGAAGCUCAUAGCUGAACUUUACACACAGUUCCAGUGCUUUCCCUCUCUUUGGGCCUCUAGAUCGUUCUAGAGUUUGCUUUGGGAGCCCUUGUCUAAGCACUGCACAGUCACAGUCUCACAAUGCUCAAUAUAUGCUUUUUAGCGGCUCUGUUGUUUUCGUUGGUCCUGUCCUGUCAUGAACUGGGUUUUGUGUUGUCAAUGUGUCCUAUGGUAUGUACUUCCUGUAGUAUUGUUGUCCUUGUACUGUGAUGGUAAAUGUUUUUAAGCAUUUUUCAUCGGUUGUCCAAAGUUUAUUUUUACUGUGUAUUUAACCAGUAUUAAAACCUGUGAGCAUAUAGGUUAAGGUCAGGUCAGCACAGUAUUGAACGGGAAAAACUGCUUACACAAUCCAUUUUGCAUCCAUCCAUGUUUGUAUAAGUAUUUCCCUGCUCAGUGUAAACUGUUUUGCAGAAGUAGGUUGAGGGAAAAAUAACAGUCCGAGUUCGUCCCAGCACUGACGUCCCCCUCUGUUUACUCCGGCGGUGGUGGCAUAGCAGAGCGGGUCAGUGCGGCGCCUGGGGACACAGAUAGCGGGGUUUAAAGCAGGGCUCUGUACUAUUGACUGUGUGGAUGAAGGCUAAAACCCCUGGUGCCACGGAGCGACGGGGGGCACGGCCGACAGACGGACUGGCAUACCAGGAGAUCACGGGCCGGAGGCUGUGUGUACUCUGCCCCCGUCACAACAACAGGAGCGGUGGGAGCGAGAGGUGUGCGAGCCAACGCCCAUCAUGAGGCCACAGCAAAUGUAUCAAAACACUGUGAUCCACCACCGCUCAGGGUUGCAUAGGGAUAAUAACAUUGUCCCGUUUGAAGUAAAGGGAACCCUACGUUUGAAUGAUGGGAUACUGACUGUAUCAUCUGGUGCCAGUUCUGUCUUUCUUCUUUUGAAGUAGGCCAUAGUACAUUAUAGUGGAUGCUUCUCAAUUCAAGUUUCAGAAAACACAGCCACUCAUAGUGAGGGGUCAGUUAGAGAGAGUUCAGUAUUAGUGUGGGUGUGCAUGUGUGUUUGUGCAUACAUGCGUAUUUGUGGACGUGCAUUGGUUGGUAUCCUCUAGGUUGCCAAGGCCUCAGUAUUGGCAGUAGCCUACUGUUGAGGAGCCAGGUGUGCUAACCUAUGUGAGGUAGUAAGCCUGUGUCCAUUGCUAGCAACGCGCAUGCCCCACCCACCCAAGGAUCUGUAUUUUUCAGCCAUCUAUUUCCUGUGUUUGAGGGGUGCAAAAUCCACUUGUCACUUAAUAAAUCUCGCUGGAUUGAGUGCUUUCAUGUUACUCCUGCAACUCUUUCAUACUCUUGCUUGUGCCUGUAGUUAUUUUUUUCCCGUUAACGUUUGUAAUGACCUGUCAAACACUCCGGUAAUGGCUGAAAUGGGUUCAAGGGAAAACAUUGUCUUUCCAUUGAAUCUAUAAGAACGUUAAAGCUUUGUCGGGAAUUUAACGCACCGUCGCGACACCUACAUCACAAGAAAGAGAAGAACAAUAACUUUAUUUUAAUGGGUGUACAUUUUUUUGUGGAAUUUAAAAAAGUAAUCAUUUAAUACAGUUGAAAUGUUUACAAAUUAGAUGCGCUGAAAUGAAAGCAACUUCCGAAAAUGAACACUGAUUAUAAUGAUAUUAUGUUUGAUCUUGCAAACAAUGUAAAGUAUGUUUAGAUAGGUGUAAUCUAGAGCCAAGCGUCUUGAUUUUUAAUCCGAGGGUAUCCUGCUAUUGACACCCUUGUUGCAAGAGAACGUGACAACAUCAGUCAUUAAUGAGGCAGUCUAGGCAGAGGUGCGUUCAGUUCACUUGAACGUUUGCUACUUUACGGAACGGUUUGUACUGAACGACACGUUUCCCCAAAACGUUCUUGAACAGACUUUGAGGUACGUUUGGUGGGUGUGGUGAGGUGUGGCUUGAAGCAAUGAGUGACGUAUUUAAAGGGCAGUUGCUAUGCUGACAGCGUUCCCCAACCUCCCCGUUUUUCAACUGGUCGUUCAGUACAGCACCUUUUCCGUUCAAUUGAACGUUCGAGAACGUAAAAACGUACUGAAUGCAGCCCUGGUGAGUGCAGGUAGGGUAGACAGAGCGAGUGUUUGGUGGUUGCUGCCCUGUUCCACACCUUUAUGUUGAUGUAUUCAUAUAUGCAAACACACAUGGUGUAUUUAUGCAAAUGAGGCACAUGUAAUUUUCUUUAUUUUAACACAAAAUAACAACUAUUUGCUGAUACAAUAAGAAAAUGUAUGAGUGCAUUCUAAGAGAGCAUUUUACAUUACAUUUAAUAGCUGAAUUCCCACCAAAUCCCUGAAUUCCAUUCAUUGAUUGUCGGUGCCAGUAAGUAUUCAGUCAAUAUCUGAUGGAUUAUACAAAUUCAAAACGUUUGGAGUAUCUUCAUCCAUUGUCCAACUGUUGCAUUUAUUAAAACCUUUUAACAAUUUCGAUGACCGUGGCUACUUUGAUGUCCAGAGAGAUGAUAACCUAAGGUCAAGGUGCUGGUGACGAGGCACGUGUCGAGAAUUAACGACUGAGUCUGUGCUUUAAUGAAAUGACCACUUUUCUUUCAUGCAGUUUGUGUGCAGCUGUAAAAUCAUCAAGUUGUUUUUACCACUGGCAGUGUGUUGUUCAUGCGGUCACUCCCACUCUCAGUAUUAGUGAUGUAUUUGGGCCCUCUAUUGGCACAAAUGUGGUUGUGCAUCCUACAUUUCAUUCACCUCAGGUGGAUGCAGGCAAAAUCUUAAACAAUUUAGCAAAAACAUAAAGCCAUUUUGAGAAGCUCAUUAAAAAAAUCCCUUUUGAAGUGAUUAGCUUGGGAUUGUUUUGCUUUUAGUGUGCAGUUUAUGUCUGAAUGUGUUUUUGGUUUUCUUUGUAGUCAGUUUGAUGUCUGACUUUAUGAUAUUUGUGUUAUUCCCAUGCUCAGUUUGAUGUCUGACUUUGUUCUGUGUAGCUUUGUAUUGCCAGGUGUCUGUUCUUGCCAUUCAUGUGUGUUCCCUCUCUCUUUAGCCUGUGAGGCGACAGUCACUAACUGCCCCUUCACCCAACACUAUCUCCUGGGAGGACUACAUCAACACAGAAAACGGAAAGUAUGUGUGACCAUCACCUUCUCACAAGUACACUUCUUACACGCUUCCUUUCACGAGUGCACUCUUCCUCAUUGUUAAUCUCAAAUGUCUACAUACAUCUAAUCAAAUCACAUUUUAGAACAGGUGUAUGCUUACUUAAAGGUCCUUUUCCAAUAAUGCAGAGUUAAAAAUACACAGUGAAUAACAAUAAAGAAUAAAAAAUAACAUGGAUAUAGGGAGUAGAAAGCCAGUAUGAGGGUUAGCGCUCAGGCUAGAAUGAAUGGCGGCCGGUGCGUGGGAGAGAAAAUAUCUGUAGUGUUCGGAAAGUACUCACACUCAAGAGGAAUAACCCAAGGAGGCCGAGAUGCAAAAAUAAUGUAAUUAAUUUAAUCCAUGCUCGAAAGAAUACAAAAAGUGGAAGUGCCAGGUACAAACUACUUAAGAAGACACACCUGCUGUGCGCAACAGGUGCAGGCAGAUAGUUGAUUAGAUACUGGUGAAUAGGGAGUCAAAGCAUAUUAACAAGGAAUAUAUAGAAGAGUAUCAAAAAUGGACAAUUCAAAUGUCACAUAAUUGGAAAGAGACAACCGUCUGGGCUACAUAACAAUAUCAGAAGCAAUAGAUAUGAAAUACUCAAGUAGGCUGAAAAGCUCAGAGAGCGGCUGGGACUGCUGGUGCGUGUAGACAACACUACAGGAAACAUACAAGGUCCAAUUCCUCAUUCAACUCUUGGGGGUGUAGUUUUUAAGUAGAAGAUCCAUCGGGGUUCGCACUGGAUAUACAGGGAGUACCUGUACCAAGUUGAUGUCCAGGGGUACGAGGUAAUUGAGGUAGCUAUGUACAGAUAGGUAAGGGUUAAGUGACUAGGCACCAGGAUAGAUAACAGACAGUAGCAGCAGCGUAUGUGGUGAGUGUGAAAGUGUGUGUGUGUGUGGCGUCAGUAUGCAUGUGUGUGCAUGUUAUAUGUGUGUGGGCGUAUGCAGUGUGUGUGUGUGUGUGUGUUGGGGUGUCAGUGUAAUUAUGUGUGAGUGUGUGUGGGUAGAGUCCAGUGUGUGUGUGUAGAGUCAGUGCAAGAGAGUUAGUGCAAAAAACGGUAAAUGCAGGUAGUCCUGGAGCCAUUUGAUUAGCUAUUUGAUUAGCUAUUUAGCAGUCUUGUUUAGCAGUCUUAUGGCUUGUGGGUAGAAGCUGUUCAGGUUCCUGUUGGUUCCAGACUUGGUGCACUGGUACUGCUUGACGUGCGGUAGCAGAGAGAACAGUCUAUGGCUUGGGUGGCUGGAGUCUUUGAAAAUGUUUUGGGCCUUCCUCUAACACCGCCUGGUAUAGAGGUCCUGGAUGGCAGGGAGCUCGGCCCCAGUGAUGUACUGGGCCGUACGCACUACCCUCUGUAGUGCCUUGCGGUCGGAGGCCGAGCAGUUGCCAUACCAGGCAGUAUGCUCUCGAUGGUGCAGCUGUAGAACCUUUUGAGGAUCUGAGGACCCAUGCCAAAUCUUUUCAGUCUCCUUAGGGGGAAUAGGUUUUGUCGUGCCCUCUUCAUGACUGUCUUGGUGUGCUUGGACCAUGUUAGUUUGUUGGUGAUGUGGACACCAAGGAACUUGAAGCUCUCAACCUGCUCCACUACAGCCCGUCGAUGAGAAUGGGGGCGUGCUCUGUCCUCUUCUUUUUCCUGUAGUCCACAAUCAUCUCCUUUGUCUUGAUCACGUUUAGGGAGAGGUUGUUGACCUGGCACCACACGGCCAGGUCUCUGACCUCCUCCCUAUAGGCUGUCUCAUCAUUGUCGGUGAUCAGGCCUACCACUGUUGUGUCAUCGGCAAACUUAAUGAUGGUGUUGGAGUCGUGCCUGGCCAUGCAGUCAUGAGUGAACAGGGAGUACAGGAGGGGACUGAGCACGCACCUACCUACCUACCUACAGGUUGUGCUCUUUUUUUUUUACACUGAACAAAAAUAUAAACACAACAUGCAACAAUUUCAAAGAUUUUACUGAGUUACAGUUCAUAUAAGGAAAUCAGGCCCUAAUCUAUGGUUUUCACAUGACUGGAAUACAGAUAUGCAUCUGUUGGUCACAGAUACCUACAAAAAAAAGUAGGGGCGUGAAUCAGAAAACCAGUCAGUAUCUAGUGUGACCACCAUUUGCCACAUGCAGCGUGACAUUGUGGCCUGUGGAAUGUUGUCCCACUCCUCUUCAAUGGCUGUGCGAAGUUGCUGGAUAUUGGCGGGAACUGGAACACGCUGUCGUACAUGUCGAUCCAAAGCAUCCCAAAAAUGCUCAAUGGGUGACAUGUCUGGUGAGUAUGCAGGCCAUGGAAGAACUGGGAGAUUUUCAGCUUCCAGGAAUUGUGUACAGAUUCUUGCAACACGGGGCUGUGCAAUAUCAUGCUGAAACAUGAGGUGAUGGCGGCGGAUGAAUGGCACGACAAUGGGCCUCAGGAUCUCGUCACGGUAUCUCUGUGCAUUCAAAUUGCAAUCGAUAAAAUGCAGUUGUUUUCUUUGUCCGUAGAUUAUGCCUGCCCAUACCAUUACCCCACCGCCACCAUGGGGCACUCUGUUCACAACAUUGACAUCAACAAACCAUCUGUACCGGGCUCUCUGCCAUCUGCCCGGUACAGUUGAAACCGAGAUUCAUCCGUGAAGAGCACACUUUUACAGCGUGCCAGUGGCCAUCGAAAGUGAGCAAUUGCCCACUGAAGUCAGUUACGACGCCGAACUGCAGUCAGGUCAAGACCCUGGUGAGGACGACGAGCAUGCAGAUGAGCUUCCCUGAGACGGUUUCUGAUAGUUUGUGCAGAAAUUCUUCGGUUGUGCAAACCCACAGUUUCAUCAGCUGUCCAGUUGGCUGGUCUCAGAAGAUCACGCAGGUGAAGACGCAGGAUGUGGAGGUCCUGGGCUGGCGUGGUUACACGUGGUCUGCGGCUGUGAGGGCGGUUGGACGUACUGCCAAAUUCUCUAAAACGAAGUUGGACGCGGCUUAUGGUAAAGAAAUGAACAUUCAAUUCUCUGGCAACAGCUCUGGGGGACAUUUCUGCAGACAGCAUGCCAAUUGCACGCUCCCUCAAAACCUGAGACAUUUGUGGCAUUGUGUGACAAAACUGCACAUUUUAGAGUGGCCUUUUAUGGUCCCCAGCACAAGUUGCACCUGUGUAAUUAUCAUGCUGUUUAACCAGCUUCUUGAUAUGAGACACCCUUCAGGUGAAUUGAUUAUCUUGGCAAAGGAGAAAUGCUCACUAACACUGAUGUAAACAUUUAUUUAGCAAAAUUUGAGAUAACUAAUAUUUUUGUGCGUAUGGACAUUUUCUGGCACCUUUUAUUUCAGCUCAUGAAACAUGGGACCAACACUUUACAUGUUGCCUUUGUAUUACUCAGUAUAUUAUUUCUCAAGUAGGUUUCCUCAAGGAGAAAGUCUCCACUUCUACUUUAUGUAAAAUAUAAAACAAAAACACUAUAGUAAAUACUACAGUAAUUUCUGCAAAAAUACUACAGUAUACUACAGUCCAAAAACACCACAGUAAAUACUAUAGUAUAUACUACAGUUUUCUUUUCCUACUUUUCCUACAGACUUUUGUUCGCAAAAACACUACAGUGAAUACUAUAGUAUUCAUACCAUAGUGUAGUAUUUUUUAAUGUGGGUGGUACGUUCUGUUUGAGUUUUUGAUUGUAAGCAGGAAGGGAGAGGUUAGAGUUAUAGUCUGAUUUGCUAAAGGGAGGGCGAGGGAGGGCCUUGUAUGCGUUUCUGUGUUUGGAGUAAAGGUGAUCUAGAGUUUUGUCACCUCUAGUUGCACAGGUGACAUGUUGGUAAAAGUGAGGUUAAACAGAUUUCAGUUUCCCUUCAUUAAAAUCACUGACCACGAGAAACACUGCCUCUGAAUGUGCAUUUUCUUGUUUGCUUAUAGCCCUAUACAGUUUGUUGAGUGCGGUCUUAGUGCCAGAAUUGUUUUGUGGUGGUAAAUAGACUGCUACGAAAAAUAUAGAUGAAAACUCUCUUGGUAAAUAAUAUGGAUUGCAUCAUGAGGUAAUCUAACUCAGGCGAGCAAAAACUUGAGACUUCCUUAACAUUGGAGAUCACGCACCAACUGUUGUUAACAAAGAGACACACGUCUCCUCCCCCUGUUCAAAUUAUUAAUUGCAUCGUAUCCAUACCAUUUAUUACAACACAUUUUAAAAAUUGUGUGGACAUAAAGUAUUUUCUCUGCAGUACGGUGCAGAGCUAGGAACUGAGCUGAUCUGCCAUAUUCACCCUAUCAUGUAAUAUCUAUUCACUCUCUCCCAUCAGUAAUUUACUUUCAGGAACACAGUUAGUCAGACCUUGCACUACUUGUACUCCUCCCCAGGGGGAUUCUCUCUUUCCUUUUUUUUCCUUCAAAAGUGUUCACCUCAUUUUCUGACUGACAUUCUUCUCCUUCAGAGUGCCUCAUCUAGGAAGAGACCUGGUAUGCAAAGAGAGCAAGAAAAACUUCAAAGCGACCGUAGCCAUGAGUCAAGACUUCCCUCUGGGCAUUGAAUCGUAAGUCUCCUCUUCUAUUACCCCCAGACGACCUUGAAGUCUAGACAGACAGCAGUAGUUGCCAGACAGGAUACAUUUUAAUAACGUUCAUUUUUUCCCCAUAAAGUAUUGAAAUCGGAGUUUUAACUUAUUCUGGGCUUAAAAGGUUGAUUGACACAGUGCAUGUAUUUAUUUGCACCAAAGAAAACAAGUGACAGACAACAAUACAUAAAUUAAUUGAUCAGUAAUCACACACAAAAAAAAUGAAAACCUCACUUUUGUGGUGUGCAGAGGCCUCAUUUUCUCAUGAUUAUCCCCAUCACUCAUUGAAUGUGCUAGUGACUGUAGCUUACUGUACUCUCUGGCAUGAAGUGAUGCAUGAAACCCAUUCUUUAUUGAGUGAGAAUGAAAGACUGAUCUUUUUUGUUGUUAAUUUUUAGGUUAUUAAACGUUCUAGAGGUGAUAGCACCCUUCAAGCACUUUAAUAAACUCAGAGAGUUUGUUCAAAUGAAACUCCCUCCUGGUUUCCCUGUCAAACUGGGUAAGUACUAUGUAUAGUAUACUGCUUAGUUAGUGGGAAACAUAUUCUACAAUAUAAGAGAUCUAGUUGGACGCCUACUGGCUGACCAGCUAUAUUCCCUGAUGUUAUAACAUGUUUACAUUUGUCGUUUCUCCACACAGAUAUCCCUGUCUUUCCAACCAUCACGGCCACGGUGACUUUUCAAGAGUUCCGCUACGACGAGUUUGAGGAGUCCAUCUUCACCAUAGCCAAUGAGUACAAAGAGGACCCCACCCGCUUCCCUGACCUUUAA